AUGCGAUUGUUAUAGGGGGAAAUAAUGUAAAUAUGUGAAAAUAUUGCCAUAAUACCAGUAUAAAUGGUCCUUUAAUGAAAAGCAAAAUAUCUACUAUAAUUUCUUUUGGUUUUGGACUCAAAAUUGACCCGGACAUGUUCACCUUAAAAAAAAAAAAAAGAGAGAGAGAGAAAUCAAUAAAGAACAAUUAUUGUCAUGGGAUGCUGCGGUUACCACAGAAACAAAUGGCACAACACUUUUUUAAUAUACAUUUCUGUCACGCAAAUGGAAGAGCUAAACUCUCUAGUUUAACUAUGUCAUUCUGUUCUUGGUUUCUCGGAAAGAAAUCAAUUUAAAUCCAUUCCGUUUUAAGGAGGUUCAUGAAUUCUCUCGCGCUAGACUCUCAUGAGCGCGUGCCCAUCUGCGAACGAGCGUCAGUUGAUUUUCCCUAAAAACCCCGCACGCGUAGAAAAGACAUUCUCAGCCAAUAACGCGUGCCAGCGAUUGGCAGAUCAUUUCCAACAUUUAGCAAAUGAAACCACGUGCAAGCAUCUCGCUCCAAUCGAUGUAAACUGAGCGAAGCGGACCUUUGUGGGAGCAAUUGCGUUUCAGCGGCGCGGAGGUAGAUCUCUAUUAGUGAGUGUGGAGCCCAUUGAAUUUGUGUUGAAAGCGGAAUAAUACGGUCAUUUAAAUAGUAGGGAAACGGAUAUUGCCGGGCGCGUCUAAUUAAUCAGCCGUUUUAUGUGUAUUUGGCAAUACACGGAUUAGACUGUGCAUAGUCAAUAGCGUUUUAUAUAAAAAAGAACCUAUUUUUACCUGGAUGCACGAAGUAUUAUGCGUUUUCUUUUCUCGUUGGACUGUAAAUUACGCAUGGUCGAUAUUUUUGCUAAUAUCUGGAGACGUCCACAUAUUCCUUUCACGUUUUUAUGACUUGUGACUCAAUGAAAACUAUAUUUUGAAACUGACAUUUUUUUUGUUGUUGAACAUCCAGGACGAGUGGAGGUUUUACUCGCCUUUAAAUAAGAUACUCUCCCAUCGCCAAUGCCACAAAACUGCGUCUUUUUCUACGAACCAAGAGCUGUUAAGAAACGCAAGACCCCAUCUCUGUGAAUACUGCGCGUGCUGCAUCAUCUCAUUCAAUCUGCUGUCAGCCAAGAGAGGGGCAACAAUAACUUUCAACGGUUAUUGUAUCACAUUUCUUGCAGUCUCCGCAUCAUUUUCCACAGAUUGGAAGCGGGCAGCUGUUGCAACAAACGCAGUGAAAAUCCAAGACUAACAAAGGAAAACAGAAGCCAAGACGAAGAGCCAUCAGCCUGGAUGAAAACGGCUGGAGUCCCAGCCAGGAAUAGGAAGUCUUCAUCUUUUCUAAAGCAGAUGAACUAUCACUGUUUUUGUGAGCCAGGGGCUUUUUGAAAGGAUGUUGAUUUGCACAGAUUGAAGAUUUUCUCCUUGACUUUUUGCUACCAAAACCAGUGCCAAACACUAACCGUGCCAACCAGAAGCAAGAAAUUAUUUCACCAGUACAUCUGCAUUUUUGUUAAGCCAUUUAACCACACUUUACACCAACUUUAAUUCUCAGUUUUUACCUUAUUUCCAUCAGUCUUUUUUAUUACUGAAUAGCAUGUCAUAGUUCAGAAGGUGGAAAGUUUUUAUCGUUUAGUUUGUCACAAACAACAAGCAGUUUUUGCUCCCCAAAAUAGGGAGAACAGUGCAUUAUUGGUUAAACAUGCUUUAUGUAAGAGUGGCCGUUACGAAUGCAUUAGCCUGAGAGAGUUCGGCUCCUGAUCGAUUGAUCGAUGGAUGGACGGGCUUAUGGAUGGCUGGCACAAGCCUCAUUAAACUUUCCAAAGUGAGCUGCUGCUAAUUCUGUUGAUUAGUCGUCCGUUCCUCUCACUAAGGCCCGUUUAACUCUUCCUAUCCAUCAGAUCUCUUUAGUCAUCCAUCUCGUUUGCUCCUCCCACCUCUACAGACUCUGCACAUAUAGAGCAGAACCCUCAGGAGUCCCUGAAGGGUUUAGAUACUGAAGCCAUACGUCUCAUAGCCAUACUAACGUCAAGAUCCCUGCGAGUAUUGAGAGGAUUCGGCUUGGCCAUUCUAGAACAGCAGAUGCAUGGGUAUAUUCAGGAAAAUUUUUAGAGGUCCAUAUGUUCGAAGGUGGUCCAGGUUUGACGUUCCGUAAUCUGCCAUAUUCACCAGCGAGCCAUUGACGCGUUUACUGUGUUGACAGUGGGACGACGUUUAAAGUUGUCCCACUACUUGAAAAGACGCUCUUUAACACUUAGGUAGGUCUUUUGGUGCGUUUGCUCGACGGUCUCCACGUGUUCCACAUUGACGGAUGAAUCCCGACUUGUUCAUGCCUGUUCAGUGGGCUCAACCAUGCUGUCCUGCCAGAACUGGGCCCAAGCCCCCAUUUGUUUUAUUCUGUUGGGUUGAGCUAAAUCCAGAGCAGAGACACUCACGGAAGAGGGUCCAACACACAUAGACCCUCAACCUGUACCUAGACUCAGUCCACCCUUCCAUUUUCUUUCUUCCUUUCCUGAACACUUCUUCCUUUCUGGCCUGACUUGUGCUGUCAAACCAGGAACUAAUAUAUACCUGCUGCUUGUUACACUUCGCGAGUGCCCUAACCAACCUACACUCUUCCAAAGCCUUCGUAAUGAGCCUUUGUCCCGUGGUGCCGCCUUUAGAGAAAAGAUCAGCUCUUCCCCAUUUCUGAACUCUUGAAAGUUGCUCUUUCAUCGUUUCGUCCUACCUUUUAUCUCUCGCCUCAAUGACUUCCUUCUGAAACUCGAAAAGAUGAAGUACUUAGUAUUUUUCUUGAAAACUGACACUGUUAGCCUGAUUAUUUGGACCGCACAACAGAACCUCAAUGACCUUUAAAGGUAUUCUUGUUAGUCUUGCAAGAUAUUCUCAUUGACGAUUAAAGCCUAAAGAGCCAACCAACUGAGAUUUGUUUACAAGACGACAUAAGUUCUUGAAGCUAACAAUGACAGUUGUUUACAAACCACACCGAAUAGCUGAGUAGUAUUAACUGUUUCUUUCUAUACGGUUGGUUAGUGAGUCCACAACUGAAGUGCCAACCAGAAUAGAGAGCAUUUGGUGAAACAUAGUUUACACUCAAACAGAAAUGUUUACAUGUUGCCCAUAAAGUGAACUCAGAUUGAGUCUUGAAUGAGUUGUUAGUGCCAUAGAUCAGUUCAGUUAUACAACACAAAACCACCUUUAAGAAGAAGCUGUUCCCAUGACACUUUAAAAAAAGUUUACAUUGUUUACAGAACUAAAUCGCUUGCUACAAAAGUCAAAUACUUUUUCAUUUUACAUUUGAGUCAUUGCCAUAUUUCUAAAGCUGUUGUUUUAUAGAAUUGUCUCAUUGAGAAGAUUCCAAAUAUUUGAUUUUGUGCCAAAUCAAAAUUUUCAAGCAUUCCAACUCUCACCCAUUAAGCAUAAAACUUGUACAUAGAUUUACCUCAUUCUUGUUAAUAAUUUUCUCAGAAAUAUGUUUACACCCUAAAUGCAAGUCUCAUGCUUUUUUCUUUAACCUGAACUCCUGCACUUGGAUGUGUAUUUUGCAUAUUAAAUAAUUUGCAUACUAGUGUAUGCACAUGUGAAAGAGAGAUUAACUACGUCUUAUAUAUUGCCACACUGACUUGCAACUUUUGAUAGACGUCAGCUUUUUGUAGGCCUCAGAAGUCUUUUGUACAAAGGCUUUACGUUUUUUCAUCUUUGAUUAAAAAAAACAUCCCCUAUAUCAAGAUGCCACCCGCUGCCAUCUUGCUUUUCUUUCUGUUCUGCCCUGUGGUCUCCACAGUGACUAUUACCUCGGAGCGCUCCUCAGUGAAUGGGGGGCCGGUAUUGCUUCUGUUGCGAGGACGCGGCCGCAAAGUCCCUCAGCCCGACAUGCGGGACAAGGAGGCCGCUGCCAUGGCGGCAGAGCCAGAGGCAGCCGAAAUCCCUCCGAAACCCUUGCCGCAGAUUAUGCUACCCCGCAAUGUGACGGCCGAUGCCCUGAAGCCUCCGCUAGGAGCCGCACAGGUGGCGCCGCCUCCUCGGCGACUGGUGGACGUGGACGUGUGUCAGGGCUACUACGACGUGAUGGGACAGUUUGACAACACUUUCAACUGCACCAAGGGCACCUACAUAUACUGCUGUGGCACCUGCCAUUAUCGCUUCUGCUGUGAGCACCAGCGCAGCCGUCUAGACCAAGACUCCUGCACUAAUUACCGCUCACCCGACUGGGCCAUCACGGCUGGACCCAUCACCCAGCCCCCGGUCCGACACGACCCAGAUUUCGACCCGCUGCAGCAACAGAACAACAGCACAGCUUACGUCAUUGGGGGAGUCAUCUCUUUUACCAUGGCUGUGGCCAUUGGGAUUAAAGUGGCCUUCCAUAAACUUUCUCGACGACCGAGGAAUAGAGACAUCAACAUGCCUAGAGCGCUGGUGGACAUUCUGCGUCACCAGUCUAGUCCGGUCCAGCAAGGAGAGAGGAACAACAGCACGGUCCUAACAACCGCCACAUCCAGCGAGGGCACAAUGGGGCGGCCAUUGAAAAACUUCUACACUCCCGUCCUCCAGAGCAAAGAUAACCGGACUGGGAAACACAGUUUUGGACAGACUGGGUCCAGUCCUAAACACACAACUACUAUCGAGCGAGUUCCACGCAUGAACAACACCCAGCUGGCCUCGACAGGAACACUGCUGUCCAGCAAGCACAACAAUUCUGGUUUUCACCACCCCUCCUUCUCUCACUCCUUCCACAACCUUGCCCAGCUACCUCCAUCAUACGAGACCGUCAUGAAACCAGAGCUCAACCGCUACAGCUCCCUCAAGAGACUAGAAAAAAACCUGGAUGAAUAUUCUGGAUAUUACACCUCCAAGCGAAGGCCAAACAACGCCCCACCCAGCUUCCACUCGUCCCAGCACCACCUGCCCUGGGGUGGUGACUUCACACUGGGUGCCAGGGGAACCCUACCACUAAACAUGUCCCGUACGCGCAUCCAUGUGUCCAGUUCCACUUCCACCCCCAACCCCUACCCUUUACCCCAGACGCAGUACAACCCCACAUUCGACACGAUGAGUAAACCGCCUCGCCGGGUGAUGUCCCAAGACCAGCUUCUGGCGCUGGGGGAGGGGAACACUCUCUCACGCCUCUCCAAGAACCAGCAGCAUCAGUAUUACAAACCCAUGACCACCAGCAAGAGCUCCAACACCCAGACUUUGCGCAAGUCUCACGAACGCCUCCUGGUGUCGCCAGACCGCCUGGAGGAGCGAAUGAUGGCCGAUUAUGGUGGGAUGGUGCCCACCUCAUCUCGUCUCACCCACCACCAGAAAGCGCAAUCCCAGCAGAACGUGUGCGUGACGCCCUCGCUUGACCGCCAUCACAUGAUCAAAAUGAAUUCGCACCCUACCUCCGGCCGCGAGCAAGACCACACGGUCGCCGCAAUGUCGUCCGGUCAUGGGGCUGGGACUAUGGGAUGGGGGGAGGUACACGGGUCCGGAGGAGGACCUGGAGCGAUGGCGCACAGCGCUCGCCGGAUGGCCUUCGCCACGAAACGCCAGAACACCAUCGAACAGCUGCACUUCCUCCCCGGAGGAGGUGGGGGAGGGGGAGGGGGUGGAGGUCAGGCGCUGAGGACGGGGAGCAAGAAUGAAGUAACCGUGUGAGCGCAACAAGAAAGAUGGUAAGGAGAUGAUGGAUAGAUGAGGUGUGAUUGCGCAAGCCCAAGGGAGGGAAGACGGUGGAGUGUAAAAAAGGCAGAAGACAGAAAUGAAGAAUGAAAAAGAGGAAGAAGAUAUGAAGGAGGUCAGAAAUGAGGCCCAUCUGAAGAGAAUACACAGUGUACCACUAUUGAGAGAAAGAGGGAUAUGAGACUAUACCAAGUGAUUCUGUAGAUCCCUAAAUUUCCAAAUUCUCAACAAAUAGAAAUGUGAAGAGGGACUGAGGUUUCCUCUGACCUGUGUGUAGCAUAUAGUGUUUGGAUGGCACCAUGGAGAUACAAAAGUGAAAAGGUUCAUUAUUAGAAUAGGCCAAGUUUUCUCUAGUUAGCACAUUCCAGCUAAUGUAAAAACCAAUUGGUUUAGGGGUUAAUUUUUGUUUUUCUGAAUCCAAUUAUAGCAGUUGACCUUGCCUCAGAGUUUGCCAAUUUUUUUGGUUCCAUUCAACGCAAAGUGUCAUUCUCACAGAGGUGUGGGUGUGUGUCACCUUCAUCUGUAAAACAAGAGAACAAUGAGAUACACUGGAUAAAACUGACUAGUGUCCUGAAUUACCUCAUGGAAACUAUGAUUUGACCGUUCUCAAAUCAGAUUUGACUUGACUUGGAAAUGGAUUGUGACUUGGGGAGUAUUGUGCAUUUGCCAUCAAGUGAAGAAAAUGCUGGUAAUUCGUCAGAAAGAAGAACUUGGGACUUGAAAAAAGUCACUCGUUUUGUGACCUGACUCUUUAGUCUGCACUGUUAAUAUGAGUCCAAAUGCCAUCAGCCAUAUUAGAGCUUAUUCAUACGGAAUACAAUGAAGGAAAACAUUUUCAUUGGGAAACGGGUGUUAUAUUGAUGAUCGGAUAUUUUUAGCAUCUUAUACUCAAGACUGUGAAUCAAAGCUGACAUGAAUACUUGUCGGUUUGAUUUUUUUUUUUUUUGCAUUGUGGAUAACAUUUUGGCUGUUUUAUAAUAUGAUCAAAAGGCUGUUAGAUUGAUGGAUAAAUCAGGUCAUACUAUCUGAACUAGACAUGUUUGAGUAGACAGAUAUUUGGAAACUGAAGUCAGCCAUUCAAAUCUGAUAGAAGUCAUGCCUCGUUCUUGCAUGUUUGACCAGUCAGAGAAUAGCUUCGUAUGACGGCAUCAAACGUUCUGGAGUUACGGUUGUUCUGUUAUUAAGUGUUAAGAGCUGACAUUUAGUCAUGGGCAUGCAGUAUGUCAAAUAAGACAGCAUAGUCUUCACACUUAAUUUGCAAAUCAAGCUGUUGUAUUGAGGGGGGACAGGGGUAAGGGUUUACUUAUACAAUGGACAAUUUAAUCCAAGGGCUAUUCUGAAACUUCUUCAUGUGUGUCUGUGCUUCCGUGUUCUUACGGCUUUUUAUCUUUUCCCGUGACACGGCUGUGCGGAACAUAGAGGCUACAUGCCAAUGUAAAACAGAAAAAUAGAACAAAAUCUGCAAAGCUACUUCAACACUCUGUGUCACACUAGGAUGCAUUAUUUAACCGAUGAGAUAAAUUUUAGGAGUAAAAGGUGUCUUGUUUACCUAUAUUAUAUUCAAGAAAAAUGUCUUUUUUUUUGUUAGCGAUUUCUGUGUGUUUUUCAGCUGUCUCCACAUCAAAUGGACACUGUUGUGGUGGAAUGUCUGAGAACGACCUGGCUGAGCAAGAUUAUUGGGCCAUAAUAUAGUAUUUUAGAUCACUCUGCAAUGUUUAAGCUUUUAUUAACUUGUUAAUAAAACUGAAGUUAAAUAUGUUGAAAAAGAUAAAAAAAAAUUGAAUUGAAUCCCGAAUGUUCAAAUAUGUACACAUGCCAAUUUAUGUGCAUAUAUAUAUAUAUAUAUAUAAAUAUAUAUAGUCAUCAAUAUUAUUCAUAUUCUUGAUUAUUAUCAUUGUUUUAUUUUUUUUUUCUCUGUGACUUUAGAAAUUGUUUUUAUUCCUGUUUUCUGUUUAUAUUUGAGUUUAUAGUGGAUUCUAACCUUUGUAACUCAACAAAAAAGCAGAUGCAAUCAUAGUGAAAAGACAAAACGCAUGAAGAUGUCAAAGCCAGUGUUGAUGAUGUCAUAUUGCUGACUUCUGAUGUCAAGGUGUGUAUGUGUCCAGUUUGUGUGUCUGUAUUUGUGUGCUUGUGUGUAUUUCAGUGUCUAUUUUGGAAUGCUUUAUCUCGCAUUUUAUCUGACUUUUGCCUUGUGUGAAGUCAGAGAAUGUGCAUUUCAGAAAACCCAAAAUAUUAUUUUAUUUUUUAAGUGUCUCUUUGAAUGCAAAAAAUAAACAAAUCAUAAAAAAAUUAUUUUCCAUUGCUGCAUUCACCAAAGUUAUGGAAAACAGAAUAAACAACCAUAAUUUAUUUAAAGUUUUUUGUUUUUUUUAUAUAUAUAUUUUUUCUUUUCUUUUAGAUAUAAAUGUUUCUUGCCAUGAAAUACAUAAACCGUGUUGUAAAUUUUAUGGGGAAAAUGCCAAAAUGCCAUGCAUAAAAUAUUUACAGCAAAAACUUUAAUUAUUAUUUUUAAAUAAAAUUCUCGCCAUUAAGAAGUUCUUUU